CCAGAGUGGUUCGAGCUCGACCAAGCCAGCCAAAAUCCUGCCCGCUUCCUCUUCCAAGAAACGUUAGCGCCGCCGCCGCCUCCCUCGACGCCGGCCUCCAAUCCAAUCACCCCUCCCUCUAACCCAGCAGAGGAGAGGGUUCUCUGCCUGACCUCGCGCUUCGUUCGGUAGAGAGACAGGGCGCCGCUGCGCUGCCCCCGCCCACCGCCUCGUCCGCGUCUUACGCUGCGCCUCCGACCCGUCCCCCGCCUCCGCUGGACUGCUGCGCCGCUGCGUCAGGCCGGAACCCCGCCCCUGUCGGCUCUCCCCCGCUGCACCUCCUGCUCGUCGAGCUCGCCCACGCGUUCCACUCUCGCCGCGCCGCUGCUCCAAGAGAUGGCGGCUCGGUACAAUCGCACAAACUACUCUUCCUACCUGAAUGAAGAACCAAUGCCUGACGCCACGUCGGAAAAGGAACAGGGUAAUGAGUAUUUCAAACAGAAGAAGUUUGCUGAAGCAAUCGAGUGCUACUCUAGAAGUGUUGCAAUGUCGCCGACAGCUGUUGCCUUUGCCAACCGAGCUAUGGCAUAUCUUAAACUAAGAAGAUUUGAAGAGGCAGAGAGUGAUUGCACUGAGGCUCUGAAUCUGGAUGACCGUUAUGUUAAAGCAUACUCACGCAGAAUUACUGCAAGAAAAGGACUUGGGAAGAUUAAGGAAGCAAUGGAUGAUGCUGAAUUUGCUGUAAGUGUCGAUGCUAACAAUCCAGAAUUGAGGAAACAAUAUUCUGAGAUAAAAGCUCUGCUCAUGGAGAAAAUGGCCAAGAGAAGUUCAGUUCAAGCUAAGCAUACAAUUUCUGAAUUUGAUAAAGCUGGUGAUAGAAAAAAUACCACUUCUCAUGCACCAAGUGAUCCCCAGAAGGACAGUUUCAUGGAAGUUGAUUCACCUGGGAGAGCUGCGGCUGGGAUCAGAGAAUUAUCAGCUGGUGUGUCCAAAGGAGGAUCUGGUGUAAUCCUCAAAGACAACAAUAUGCAGCAAUCUCGAGAUGCUAAACAAAAGCCUGGGCCAGAAAUAUCAGUGCAAGAGCUUGCAUCACGUGCUGCUUCACGCUAUAUGUCCAGCACUGUAAAAAGUGUGAAGACACCAAAGACAGCUUAUGAUUUUGAGGUUUCUUGGAGAGCUAUCUCUGACGACCUUACCCAGCAAAUACAGUUGCUAAAGUCAAUUCCACCAGAGAGACUACCAGAGAUUUUUAAGGAUGCACUUUCAUCAGCUUUUCUGAUUGAUAUCGUGAAGUGCACAGCCUCAAUUUUCCGGGAUGAUGUAGUGUUAGCAGUUAGCAUUUUGGAGAAUUUGGCUAAAGUUUCUCGCUUUGACUUGAUCAUCAUGUGCCUCUCACCCAUGCAUAAAUCUGAACUGCGGAAGAUAUGGGGUCAAACAUUCCUUGCCGAGACUGCAUCGCCAGAUCAAGUUGAAAUCCUCAGGCAGCUGCAAGCCAAGUACGUUCAAGGAGGAUGGCAUGAUGACAUGUUCACUUUGAGCUAAAUGAUGAUGUUGUAAAGACAGUUCCCUAGAGAUCCCUCUGCCCUCUAGUCAACCAAUACCGUAACACCCUUGUAGACUGAAUGUUAAAUCUAGUCGGAGCAGUGAACCAUAUGGUUGUGAAUCAUGUUUUUGAGAUUUCUUGGAGCUUUGCUGGUUCAAAGGUUA